AAAUAUCACCGAGCGAAGGAGAAGCCCUGCAUCUGUUCCGUAGACCCUAAUGCUUCAAAUAUUAACCCGAUAAAAACAAGGACAGUAUUAAGCGGCGCUCACCGUCCGACGUCGCGACCGUGACUGUGUACUGGAUAUUUUUUCUUCAAGAGAAAAACAAAACAACCAAACAUAAUUUGUGUGUUCUUGUUACAGAAAAUACUCGACCAACGUACUCAUGGAUGACACUGGCGUUGCUAUCAUGAACGCUAAGCCUAGCUUUACUGUGAAAGAUAUACUAGACAUGCCGGAGGGUAAACCCUCGUGUGCUAUAACCGCACAGGGACUAUCGAGCUUAAAACAUCACGCAGCAGAUUUGGUAUCUGGAGGCCACCACCAUCAUCACCACCAUAACACUGGUUUGGGGCUGAACAACAUCACUGGUACCCUGAGGAACUCGUCAUCUGCGAGCAACGCGGUGGUGAACUCGACAGGAGCGACCACGCAACAGACACCUUCACUGCCGUCCUAUUUUGACAACACCGAUAAUCCGUACACACGAUGGCUACAAAGCCAGGGCUCACAGGAACCAAUGCAAUAUUCAUCACUGAGUCAGACGAAUAAUCACCACCAUCAUAACAAUACGAACAGUAGUAAUAAUAAUACAACGAAUAAUCGUGAGAACAGCGAAACUCCGACGACUAAUAACACCAGCGGAAAUAACACGACUAAUAAUAACAACGAUGUGUCCACGCCAAACGCGAACAGCACUGUUUCUGGGGAAUCUUCGCCCGAUUCAAAUAUCAGCGAUUCGCCGAACUCGAACAGUGGCGACCAACCCAAGAAACGGAAGCGGAGAGUGUUGUUCUCCAAGGCACAGACGUACGAGCUCGAAAGGAGGUUUCGACAACAGAGAUACUUGAGCGCACCAGAGAGGGAACACCUGGCUAGUAUCAUCCGACUAUCGCCAACACAAGUAAAGAUUUGGUUCCAGAAUCAUCGGUACAAGCUCAAGCGUGCUCGACAGGAGAAAGGGUUGGACAUGAAUCCAUUGCCAUCGCCGAGGCGGGUGGCUGUACCGGUGCUCGUGAGGGACGGCAAACCGUGCCACGCCAACAUGAACGGCGGUAUGAAUACAGUCAUGAACAAGCCACACCAGGACUCGGUACCUUUACAACAUAUGCAACAGUUGCAGUCGAUGCAGCAGUCUAUGCAGUCUAUGCAGCAUUACCCGAACUACUCGUCCAGUUAUAAUUACACAAGCUGCAAUUCGCAGCACACAGCCCCUCGCACAACCAAGUUGGCCCUUGAGAAUCCGACAUGUUACCUACUCGUGCCGGCCAACACCACCAUUACAGCGAUUGUCAAAGACGAUUUGUAUGCGUUAUUGUGAACUGAAAAACGGGCA